AUGAGCGACCAAGGUGCAACAACAGCACACGAGCAGCUGGGAACAGGCUCAAGCUCUCAGGAUGCAUCGCUGGAGAGGAUCGUGGAACUUCUCAAAGCAAAGGAUGACACUUCGCGUUUCGUUGGCCUUGCCCUUUUAAAGUCGACGCUAGAUUCAUCCGAACAGCUCAGAAACGACAAAUUCGUGGUCACUACGAUAUGGAGCUCCAUAUCGGCCAAAUUCCUCGAUCGUCUACUUCGGACAGGUUCAAAACCAGGGGCAAGACAGGCAGAUGCCAAGGAAAUGCUUGAUCUUGCUGCCAACGUCAUCUAUACGUUCGCGGUCCUCCUCCCCGAGGAUGCAAAAGCCGAGGACAAGCUUCUUGGACGAAUUCCGCUCUUGGUAAAUGCAAUCAUCCAGAGCUCGGAAGAGACGACCGAUUUCAUUGUCAAGACACUGCUUACAAUUGUAAGCUCAUCAUCUGAGGGCAGCGAUGCACUUGCAGCAGUUCAAGACUGGUCUCCUUUGAUCGAAAUAGCCCCAAAGCAACCCUUGGUCCUGUCUAUCUUGUCAUGGACCUGGAUAAAUGGCACGCACGAUGCAAAAGUCAUGUCCCAAAGAAUCGACGAAUGUAUCAGCUCCUUGUGUGCAUCCUACAAAGGCACCGAUGCAGUCACUUUAUUGGACUUUUUGGGCAAGAUUUUAGGUCGCCUCAAUACUGAUCUUCUUCUAGAACGCCCAACAUGGUUGCCUGCAGCUAUAGCCUUUGUUCACGAUCUAGCAAGAUCCAAGCCAACGGCAAUGAGCCGUGAGGCGUACACAAAUUGUGCUGCCAAUCUCCUCGUCACCUAUGGUGACAUGGCUAGCCAAAUUUUGUUUCGAGACAUCUUCAAGUCGUCUAAAUCACUCUCUUACCUCUUUGUGAGCCUGAUCUUGAUCGACCUUCGCUCAAGCCUCCCAAACUUGCUUGCAAAGCUGAAUACUGCAGAAUAUCCGGCAAUCUCCGAAAGACUGACAUCUGCGCUUAUAAUUCUGUCAUUCUUUAUCAAUCACUUGCUUGAAAUGAUCGAUCUAGCCGAGUCUGAGGACAUCUUUCAAGAAGUGCAGCCGGAUCUUCUCCUCAAGCUCCGAGAUUCGGUCAUGGAAGCAUUAUCAUUGGUCUUGGAAUACCUGAGAGACAGGUGGGAUGCUGCAGUCUCUGGAGCUCAGGGGCUCCACCCCGAUGCGCGAAGUGCAGAAGCACAUACCGGCAGUGGGUCUCUGAAAACACUGGCCUGGGACUCCAAGCACGAGUCUGCUUCCGAGGAUCGUCUCUUGUUGGCAGCUUUGAAAUCUCUUGGGGACUGGUUGAGAGAGGACGAUGCUCCUGGCUUGAGGCGAGAGGCUACAGGUCUUAUAGACCUCCUCAUGGACCUUUACCAACCUAGUACGGCAGCCCGAAUCGGACUUGCUACACGGCCUCUAGUGCUGGGAGUACUCGAUGGAAUUCUCAAGGAAGAUGACGGCGUGCAAGCACUUUUGGAAUACAACGGAUGGUCGAUUUUGAGUCAAGAUCUCAUACUUAUACUUUUAAAUUCGGAAAAGACUGGCCGCUCCGAACACGAGCUUGGCCAACACAUCUCGGCAAUCCUAAUGGCACUCAGCGAAAGCAAAUCAACCACACCGGAUGACUGGUUGGAUCUCAUCACGGGCGUGGCGGCCUACGACGUCCCGGCGCUUUCCCAGCCUCCCAUCUCUCUGCAGCAACUCUGGGCAGACCUGCUAGAGCUCUGUAUCUCGUUGCUUAUGAAAGCACCCCCUGGCGUCAAAAGGCGUUAUACACAUUCAGCAAGCGCUCUAGGUGGCAUUGGAAAAGUGAUUUGCCAGAAAGAUCUAGAGGAUGACAUUAGAAGACAGAUCCAGAGUGCCACGGCCCAGUUGUACGACGAUUCCAUUCUCAGCAGAUCCCAGUAA